CAUUUUCCUGAACCAGGGAAAGGGUCAGCUGCUCCUCUUCCUGCAGCCCCGCCAUUCCCCUUCAAAUGUUGACCCUCUGCAAGGUCACCGAUUCUCUGUUCAUUAGCAAUUCCAGGUCAGCCUGCGAUGAGAAUCUCCUCGUUCAAGAGAGGAUUACGUUCUGUGUCAAUGUCUCCAGGCAGCAGCCCUUCCCGAGCUUUCAGCAAGUCCAGACGCUGAGGGUCCCCGUCUUUGAUGAUCCCUCGGAGGACCUGUAUCGAUACUUUGAGCGCUGCAGCGAUGCCAUAGAGGGCGCAGUCCAGAGUGGUGGGAAGUGCUUAGUGUACUGUAAAAACGGCCGCAGCAGAUCUGCUGCCAUCUGCACUGCCUACUUGAUGAAGCACCAAAAUCUCAGCCUGAAGGAUGCCUUUGAGGUAUUGUGAGCAUGCAGGAAAAAUAACUAUCUUGUUCUAUAGCUCGGUUGUUGAUGCUGAAAUGCAGAAGCAUUUGUAUUUCAACUGGGCAAGAGCAUCUUACUUUCUAAUUUGAAACGCUUUGCAUAACAAAAGUCAUUGCAAUAGUUCUGAUUCAGUUUUCUCUCUCCAGGGAAAGUGUCAUAAGGAUAAUAAAGACAAUUAAUUUUAAAGGCAGCCUAAUUUCCUUCUCAGUUGGGCAAAUAAAGCCAACUCUGACUGGAGGUUGUUGGGGAUGUUUUGGCCCAGUGAAAUUCCAAUGGCAAGUAAAUUCUGAAUUGUCAGAUUCAGGAGUUUAAACUCCUGUAAAAUAAAAUCUGGCAACAUUAUACAGGAGGUUUUGCAGCUUCCUCCCUAUGCACUUUAAAAUAAUAAUAAUAAUAAUAAUAAUAAUAAUACUCAAGCAUUUCAGAAAUAUUGUAUGUUGUUUAGUCAAAUUUAUUAAGUUAGUCAAAUUCAUGCAAAGGAGGUUUCAAAGAAUGUAAUAGUUGCUUGUGGCAUGGACACGUUUCACACUAUUACCUCUGCCAGACAGGUGUUUGUUCUCUUACAAAUAGCUACUUGACCAGAGGCAACAGUAAGGGCUUCUACACAUUAUUUUAAAUGAGUGUACAAUAUGUGCACACAUUACUUGAGCUGUACACUCAUAGUUAUUCACAUGCAACAUUUAAUGAGUGCAUAGUGUGUGUGUGGCUGUGUACACAAUAGCUGAGCUGUACAAAUCAAGUGUACACUCUUUCACAUCAAUAGUUGCAGUGACAGCUUGUACCUCAGUGUAACAGGUGUGAACAAGCCGAGUGAGACAAAAAUGUUUGUACACCAUUGGAAGUUAAUGCCACUCACAUGUUGCUUUCAACUCUCUUAAAACCUAUUGCCUGUUUCUAGCAUUAGUACAGACCUCUGUUGUAUUGCCAGAAAACUAGUUUUGGGGAGCAAAGGGGUGGCAAGGACUGCAAACAGCAACAAUUUGGUUCUUUUUGCCAGGACCUUAAUAUACUAUGGCUGCAUAUGCACCAUACAUUUAAAGCACAGAUCUUCCCCCAACUCUAGGAACUGUAGUUCACUCACCACAAAAUUAUAAUUUGCAGCAGCCCUUCCAAGCUACAGUGCCCAGAAUUCUUAGAGGGAAGAAAUGUGUUUUAUAUUGUGUAUAUGGUGUGUAGCAAAUGGUGAUGGAUUUUCAUGAGGACUUUUUCUUUAAAAGGUAAUAAUAAUAAUAAUAAUCCAAACUGAUAUAGAAAUGUGGAAAACUGAACUUAAGAUUGGAACAAUGCAAAACUGGUAGAAAUCUAAAUUGACAAAAUUGCCCAUUCCUAUAGACUGCUAUGAUGAGAUGUAGUGCAUGUCUGUUAAAUUUACAGUCAUUAUUUAUGAAUUUGCAUCUGUGCAUAUAAAUUAGCACAUAAAUUUAUGUCACUCUGUGCCUUCUUUUCAGUGAUACUGUUCCACUUUUAGGGCAACUGUAAAUGGCCAGCCUGUGGGAAAGUCACUUCCUUUGUGUGUAAUACAUUUCUUUUUUUCCUCCCUGUAGAUUGUGAAGAUGGCCAGGCCGGUAGCAGAGCCCAAUGUUGGCUUUUGGUCCCAGUUACAAAAAUAUGAAGGGCAUUUACAAAUGCAACAUCAGAUGGAUCCUUCUCGAAAAAUAACUUCGCAAUAAACAUUUUUGUUUUGAUCCAGACUGUGGUGUGGGGGGAACUCCUUGAAGGAGGUGUAUGUGUCCUAAGAGCUUGGAAAGAUUGUAGAUGCCUCCAGACUGUCAGUAUUGUUGGUGGCAAGGUAAAAAUAUAGGUAUACAGAAAGGAGAAUUCUGCAGAUGCCAAGAUCCAGUUUUGUGGCAAGUACUCUUUGGUGAGAGAACCCCAGCAGAGAUUUAAAAUCACAAAAUAUACAGCAAAGUAAAGCAUGGAAAUGUAGGCCUUUAGGUCUUUAAAAUAUGUCUUUCUGAGUUCCAAAACUUCCCUCUUCCCUUAGCAUAGAAAAAUACCGCAUGUUUGGUAAGUUAAAAAUGAUUUACUUACAAACUAUCCAAUGGUCAGGUUCCUGCACUUCAGAAAAAGUUGCACAGGCAGUAAAACUUGGCAUAGUUAAAGUGGUAAAGUUCCUAAAUUAUUGGUAUAGGAACUCAAGAGUAGAGUGGCCAGAAACCAAGUGAGCUGCAGAAACCAACUUAGACCUCCUCACACAUUGAGCUUCUCAGGAAGACUGGUUGAACAAUAGGCUUGAUUACCUAGUCCAGGGGUCAGCAACCCGCGGCUCCUGAGCCGCAUGUGGCUCUUUUACACCUUUGCCGCGGCUCCGGGGCGGAUACUAGCGAGGGGAGGAGGCGCAUUGUGCGCCCCGACACUCCCCACUGUGGCGGGCGCUGUACUGGCUGUGAUGUCACAUGGGGGCGGUGCGUGCGUUAGUCACGCACCGUCCCGACGUCACCUUCCCGCCUGCCCGCUACAUUGUAAGGGGCAUGUACGCUGGUCACUGCAUUGAAAGGGGGCAUGUACGCUGGUCACUGUUUUGAAGGGGAGUGAAGAACACACACACAAAAAAGGUAACUUGUUAAUUUAACGUUUAUUUCUAUGAGGAGGAGUAAUUCUGAGGGGUCAAACAAAGAAAUAAUAAAAAAGUGACAAAAAAGUUAUUUUUAUAAUGACGAGUUUUGCGGCUCCCAGUUUUUUUUUCUUCGGAAAUGGGUCCAAGUGGCUCUUUUUGUCUUAAAGGUUGCAGACCCCUGACCUAGUCCCUCUCAAGCUGAGGGGAAGUGACCUCCUAAGCCUGUCAGGGCAGCUUACUCUACGGUAUUAACCCCUUAGAGUUAAGCAUGGUUAUAUGAGGCUGGUUAUCCCACAAGAAUUUUGUGGGAGAGAUUCAAGUGUGUGCAGGAGCUUAUGUUUGCACAAUCAAAGUGGAUUAAAGCUAUCGGUUGUCCUACACAACAUACCCACUUUUUAAAAAAUGAAUUUUUUGCUUUUUGGAAAACGAAGGAGAAAGCCUUUGAAAAGUGUGUGAUUAACAAAUGGUUGAUGGUGAAACAUGUAAUCACCUCAUAAGCAAAUCAUGGCAAACACCUGGCAAACAAAUCAGAACAAAUGAUCAAUAAAGACUGAGCAUAGUCUAGCCUCUGUUUAACAGCAAAUCAGAAUGGAUGCUCAAAAGUCAGGUCGUCCAGACUCGCUCUGUGACUGAUAACCAUCAGCAUGCUUCUCAUCUGCCUAGUUCCUGAGGAGCCGUUUUUGUGGACUGCCCAGAAGUCACACAGACAUCCCCCAAAACAUUAUUCUUUGGAACUUUAGUAGUCUCUGAAGCCACAAAAUAAAUGUUGACAAUUGAGGUCAAAAUGUGGCUAUGUGCCCCUCCAGAUUGGAGGGCUUUUGUGUGUGAUUCUUGGGUGUUGUUGGUAUCCAUCUUUGAAAAAUGAUGCACAAUGUUGGCACUCUAUUGCAUUACUCAAGACUGAAAAUUUAUUUAAAAUGUGUUUUAAUGCAACACUGCUUCAUUUGUGUUUUAUUUCACCAAUAGAUAUGUGUUUUGAGCAUGUUGCGAGUGCCCACUGGCAUGACUGACAAUCACCUGUAUUUAAAUAAAAGUUUCUACUCUCAUGUGAAACAUACAUUAUAACAGCUGGCUCCAUAAUAAGGAAGGACAGAACAACAAAUAAUGGCCUUGGGCAAGAUGAAAACUGUCUUUGCGAAUAUGUAAAAUAUAUCAAUCUACUCUUAUCUGCAUUUUAUGCCUGCAUUUAUGAUUGCCUGUAGCUAUUUAUGUGUCUACAUUAAAAUCAUAUCAGUAUUUUCUUUUUCGAUUAACAGUACUCUGCUAGUGAAUUGGCAUAUUUUUCUGAAAGUGAUUAUGAUUGAUGACUGAUUAUACAAUAUGAAUAAAGUAUUUAGGGUGUG